AUGGCCUUGUUCCGGGGCGACGCGCACAACUUCGAACUGUCUUCUCGAUCGUUCCGUCGCUUCUUUGGCUCUCUGCACCACCCCUUUCGGCUUUCGAGCAUUAUACCCGCGACAUCGUUCGUACUAACCAACUGUCGUCCCUCCUUUGAGUUUUGCGUUCGCAGACCCCCCUUUUUUGGACCCGCAGUGUUUGCAACGUUGAGACGUCAACUGUUGCAUCGCAUCCUCGGUUCCUCCACUCCCUUUGCUCUCGAGCAAAACAUGCCCGCUGCAUUGUUCGCACCACCCGGGCCAUGUUCCGCGGGGACGAUCGCAAUUUUCAAUCGACCUAAAGUUCCGUCGCUUCCUUGGCUCCCCACUUCUCUCGCUUUCGUUCACGACGAAAGUCCACCCUUACCGUCGUCUGCUCUGACGCGUCAACAAACUUCUGCUCUGUUCACGAGCACCUCACAGGUGGCAUGGCUCACAGCUGCCACCUGUAUUCGCGAGGCCUCAGGCUUCAACUGUUUCACAUUUCCGAUCCCUGUGCAGUGGCGAUAUUCGCACUCUUCAACUGUCACCUGUUUUGGUGGUUCCAUCGCACCCUCGGCUUUCCACUACCCCUCGAACGGUUUCCUUGCGACUUAUCGGCCGCAACGCCGGCCUUUUCCGCCUUUCUCUCUGUCCACCGGCGACAUUGCUCUGAAUUGUCGUUCUCUGCCUUGUACAGCGACGAUUUCCAUAACCUUCAAGUGUCUUCUGUCCUGCUGGUUCCGUCGCAUCCUUGGCUUCUCGCCGCUUCCUGCUCUCGAGCAACACACCCGCGACAUCGAUCGCAAAGAAAGCCCGACUUUCGCCCUUUGCGGCGUCGAGACUAUUAACAGUCAUAUUUUCUGCAUCACCCAACAUCCGCACUCCUGA